GACACCCCUGAUCUACAAUGUAGAAAGUAGUAAAACUAAAGAAAAAACAUUGAAUGAGAAGAUUCAGCCUCUGAAGGCAAGCUGUGCUACGCCGCCAUCUGCUGGCAGGUUUGCUGAAGUGCAGCGGUACACGUCAACCCCGAGGACGCCUGCUCUCAUUGGCUGCCGUGUAUCACGUGUUUAUUCUGAAGAUGGCGUCUCCAAAUGGAGGUGACGACUUUGAGUCCUCUUUGCUAAGUUUUGAGAAGCUGGACAGAGCGUCACCAGACCUAUGGCCAGAGCAAUUGCCCGGAGUUGCAGAAUUCGCUGCAUCAUGUAAAAAUCCCAUCACUAAUUCACCCCCCAAGUGGAUGGCUGAACUGGAGAGUGAGGAUAUUGAAAUGCUAAAAGAACUGGGCAGUCUGACUACAGCCAACCUGAUGGAGAAGGUCAAAGGACUUCAGAACCUGGCCUAUCAGCUGGGCUUAGAGGAGUCCAGGGAAAUGACCAGGGGGAAGUUCCUGAACAUCUUGGAGAAGCCCAAGAAGUGACAAUUCAAGUGUUUUUUUGCUACAACAGGAAAUUUUGGAUCACAAGAAGAAUCUGAUCCAUGCUUUUAUGAAUAUGUUUGGAAAAUGUUCCAACCUCAGCAUCAAAGUUCAGAGACUUGCAUUCAAAUAGUGAAUGAGAGCACAACUGCUCACUCACACAGCUGAGGUCUUCUCUGAGAAAAUCCAAGGGCUGCAAACUCUUAUUCUCACUUCUGUGUACAUGUUGUUGUCCUAGAUAGUUGCCUUUACUUUUAUGAUAAUUGCAAAAGGUGAAUUACUUCAGAUUUCACUGUAGCUUGUAGAUCUGCCUUGAUUGUAUGUUCCCUAUUUAUUCUCAUUUCUAUUUUAAACAUAAUUUAGAUUUUUGCAAUUUGUGAAGUUGUUUAAUAAAGUUUUAAAAACGAAAA